AUGGAGAGGAACCAGAGAGAUAUCAGGAUGUCAAAACCAGCAGAGGAUGAGAAGCCUGGGGCAGACUUUCCAGGGGAGAGCACAGACUCCGAGAGGAACAGUCCUGAUGCCAAUGAUCAGAGUAAAGGUGAGGCAGUACCUGAGAUGAUCUCCACCCAUGUGCCGCCUCCUUCCCAGCAGCAGACGCCUCACCCUCACACACAACUCAUGUUGGCAGGGAGUCAGCUGGCAGGGGAUAUCCAGCAGCUGUUGCAGUUGCAGCAGUUAGUCCUGAUGCCCGGCCACCACCUGCAGUCUCCUCAGUUCCUCCUGCCUCAGGCCCAGGGACAACAGGGGCAGCAGGGUUUGCUCUCGACACCUAAUUUAAUUCCGCUACCUCAGCAUCAGCAAAGCCAGGGGAGUCUUCUAACUACUCCACCCAGGCUGGGACUGCAAGCACAGGUAUAGUAUUAUUGAAAACCACCUCAAAUAUGUGUGUCCCCCAUGACCUCGGUGACCUCUGGCCCUCACGGCGAGGAGCCCAGUGACCUGGAGGAGCUGGAGCAGUUCGCCCGCACCUUCAAACAGAGACGCAUCAAACUGGGCUUCACACAGGGUGACGUAGGCAUGGCGAUGGGGAAACUGUAUGGGAAUGACUUCAGCCAGACCACCAUCUCUCGCUUCGAGGCCCUAAACCUGAGCUUUAAGAACAUGUGCAAGCUCAAGCCUCUGCUUGAGAAGUGGCUAAACGACGCGGAGACCAUGGCGAUAGACAGCAUGCUUCCCAGCCCAAACUCUCUCUCCUCCCCCAUGAUGGGAUUUGAGGGCAUGCCGGGGCGCCGCAGGAAGAAACGCACCAGCAUUGAGACCAACGUCCGCGUGGCCUUAGAGCGCAACUUCAUCUUGAACCAGAAGCCUAACUCAGAGGAGAUUCUCCUGAUGGGCCAGCAGCUCAACAUGGAGAAGGAGGUGAUUCGGGUCUGGUUCUGCAACCGGCGCCAGAAAGAGAAGCGCAUCAACCCUUGCAGUGCCACCCCUCCCCUGCCCAGCCAGUCCCCCUCCAUGAUGCACAAACCCCCCUGCUACAGCCCGCACAUGGUGUCCAGUCAGGGGCUGCACCAGGCUGCUACCAGCCUCAGCACAACAGCCACCAGCUCCACCCCCUCCUCUAGGACUCCGCCUCCACACAGCACAGCCAGCCCCGCUCCUCCCACCCUCAGUACCCACAGCCUGAACGCUGGGAACACAAUGAUGGGAGUAAGCACAGGGAUGAACCAGGCUCUCAUCAGCAGCAAUCACCUGGCCACAAUGCAAGCUCUGGCUGCCAGUGGUGGGCAGCUGCCCAUUUCCAGUCUUGAGGCCGGAGGUCAGAUGAUCCUGGGCGGGGCUGGGGUUCGCCCCUCCCUAUUCCUCAACCGCCACACCCUCCUGCCUAUGGCGUCCCACCAAGCCGGUGUGGGUUUGGUCGGCGGUCCCAGGGGAGCCUCUCCACCCCCCGGCGCCAGCGGCAUGGACGUCGACUCCUGCUCCGCCUCUCCCUGCUCCAGCCCCACCUCCUUCGGCUCGUUCAGCGAAGCCUCACCGCCGCCGCUUGGCGGGGCCAUGGCCGAGUGA